GAGCCGCUGCUUUCACUUAUAUAAUCGCAAGAGCGCAUUGGGAAGCUGCGGGGAGGAAGGGUUGGCGGGAAGUGUGUGACAGAGCUACUAGUGGGCGUGUCCCCUCUUGCUAUUGUGAGACUCGGAUAAAGGAUGAAGAAGAGUCUCCCCACAGUUAGUACCGUGCGGGCUAGCACAGGUUGUCUUCCUGUACCAAUCUUUAACCAAAAAAAGAGGAGUCGACAGCCACUGACAUCAUUUCCACAGAAUGAGCAAUGUUCCAGCAAAAAUUCUCUUGUUUCUGAUAGUUCCGAUUUUUGUGGUUUAUCAACAGAUUUAAUUUGGGAGCCACAAAUACCUCCUUUAAAUAACCAAAGUGUUAGAAUGGACAAUAGCCUGCAGGUACCUCAUCAUGAACCUUAUCAACAGGUUCAGCAGUAUAAAACCAGUACGACAUCUCACCACAAGAUAUCCACAGGAAUGACAAACCAGCUCUGGCCAGGGAAGAAAAGCCUUUUCCACAGCUCAGGAAGUGAUAAAAGUUUGGAUGUUACUUAUGGAAAGCCACUAAGCAUAGAGAAAUCAAAAGAACAGAAAGUCUAUAAACAAUACCAUUUCCAUGCUCAGUCUGGGAAAAAAUUAACAGAACAAGUAUCAGCUUCAACAUCUAAUAGAUCAUCACAGUAUACUCCGUCAGUUACAAAGGAUCUCAUGCCAUCAUUGAAAAACAACAGUAAAAUAAGUAAACAUGGUUUUGUGGACAUGGCUGAGGAAGAGAUUGUUCAGAAGGUUCCAGUGUAUCAAAUGAAUAUUAAAGAAAAGAGCAAUUCACUUAGAAUAUUACCUGCAAACAUUGAAAGCAUGAGACAUUGGAGUCAGAUUACAGACAAAAUCUGUUUGCUGUUUGAAGUGUUAGCUACACUUGACUCUGCUGUAACAUCAGGUGCUCAUGGGUCAAAGAUUUUUCUUUUGAGAGAUGGCAAACACAGUGUGCCGUGUGUGUUCUAUGAAAUAGACAGGGAAUUACCAAGGCUUAUCAGAGGAAGAGUUCAUAGAUCAAUGGGAAAUUAUGAUAAAAAAAGAAACCUGUUCAAAUGUUUUUCUGUGAGACCUGCUUCGGUUGCUGAGCAAGAAACCUUCCAUCAGUUCCUCACUGCAGCCAAUCGUGAGAUGAAGCAAUUCGUUACAUUAAAUGAAAUAUAGUAUCUGUUGCUUUUUGAGGUGUUGUUCAUUUUUUUGGUAUUUUCAUAAUCCAGCAUAUUAAAAGCCCAUUAUUUCAUGCAUGUGGUUUUAAUACGAAAUAUGUUAUAAUAAUAGAUUUUCCUUAGCUCAUAGAUUAAUAGCAUACAUAAGCAAGAGCUGGUUUGUAUAGAAUGAAUAAAUUGUGUGGGAUAAGAGUCCCUCUGGUGGAUGUUAAUGUUUCUGUAAUUAAAAAUGUUGUCAUUGCCUUAUAAAUAUGCAAAUAUUUCUAAUUAUACAAUACCAAGAUAAAGUUGAAUAUUGGUAUAGAUACAGAGAAUAGGAGCCUGUAAAUUUAUUGAACAGUUAUAGUACAAAGUUCAGCGUUUUAGG